GGUUAAGGGCAGAUCGACCUGCCUUAGCAUUCCCUUCACUCCCACGCCACGACUCUCUCUCUCGGUGGAUGUCGCUACAGAUAGAAAUUAAUGGCGGCGAUUUCAGUACACCAAUUGACUCAGUCUAUUACUUGCCAUGCUUGGAGUCCUGACCUCUCCAUGAUUGCAUUUUGUCCAAACAGUAAUGAAGUGCAGAUCCAUAGAUUAUUGGAAGAGAAGUGGGAGAGGAUACAUGUUCUUCAAAAGCAUGACCAAAUUGUUUCUGGGAUAGAUUGGAGUAUAAGAUCCAACAAAAUAGUUACUGUAUCCCAUGAUCGUAAUUCAUAUGUCUGGACUCAAGAAUCAGCAGAGUGGGUGCCAACCCUUGUUAUCCUUAGGUUGAACCGCGCUGCGCUUUGUGUUCAGUGGAGUCCAAAAGAAAACAAGUUUGCAGUUGGAAGUGGAGCUAAAACUGUUUGUAUAUGCUACUAUGAGCAAGAGAAUAACUGGUGGGUCAGUAAGCUUAUCAGAAAAAGGCAUGACUCUUCUGUGACCGGGGUUGCAUGGCAUCCCAAUAAUAUUCUCCUUGCUACGACCUCUACUGAUGGAAAAUGCCGAGUAUUCUCUACUUUCAUUAAGGGCAUUGAUACAAGGGAUUCAGGAUCAGGCCCUUCAUCAGAUUCAAAAUUUGGAGAGCAAAUAAUUGAGCUUGAUCUCUCACUUAGCUGGGCAUUUGGUGUCAAAUGGUCUCCAAGUGGCAAUACCCUAGCUUAUGUAGGUCAUAAUUCUAUGGUAUACUUUGUUGAUGAAGUUGGUCCUCCUCCAUCUGCUCAAAGUGUAACAAUCCGUCAUUUACCACUCCGUGAUGUUUUAUUUGUUUCAGAGAGAAUGGUCAUAGGUGUGGGCUUUGACUGCAAUCCAAUGGUCUUUGCUGCAGAUGAAAGAGGAAUAUGGAGCUUUAUGAGGUUCCUCAGUGAAAGGAAAGCAGCAUCUUCAAGUGCAAAAUAUGGCUCACAGUUUUCUGAAGCUUUUGGAAAACUAUAUGGCCAAUCAAAACAUGGAAUUAGCAAUGAUACUGUUGAGCCUUCUAGACCGCGUGGGGGAGUACACGAGAACUGCAUCAAUUCUAUUAUGGCGCUCAAGAAAGCAGGAGAUUCUACAUUCACCCGUUUCAGCACCUCAGGAUUGGAUGGGAAAGUAGUUAUUUGGGAUUUGGAGAACCAAGAAGAUUUAUUGGAGUACUUAUAAAUUUGAUUAUCGAUCAGCCACAUCCAUGGUAAAGGCAUUUCAAAUGUCAGGUUCAUCUGAUGCACAUCAGUCUGUUCUCUAUGGUAUUUUGACAGGUUGAUCUUAUGGUGCCAAUUCAAAUACAGGUUAAUUGGAUUUGUAAAAUAUGUACAAGUAACGAAUGCGUUUUUUCACUUCCCUUACCUAUAUGCCAGUUCUGUUUUGAAAGAAAAUCAAAUUCUACUUCUAUUGAUUUUGUAAUCUAUCAAAUUUAUAUUUGCCACCGGAUUGGAAGUCAUUGACCUUCGGUUCAUUUAGAGCUGUUGUGCAAUAAGCCAUUCUUCGAGCAUGGUUCAAAGUCCUAAUCUUGGAGCUGGGUAUAAAUGCUUUGGAGAUAUUUUGUUCGCGAACUGUUUGGUGUUGGGAAAUAGUGGUUAUUUUAAGAGUCUUUCACCACCAUUAGGACCUCUGUUCCAGCACUAACAUUGUUCUUACUGUUAUAGCUUUGUUUUGUUUUCUACGUCCCUGUAAUGUACAAAAUGAGUUCUUGUAGGGACUAAUGGCAGGAAAUAUACUAUAAAGACAU